CAGGCAUCACAGCAAGGUUUCCUGUAAUAAAGAUUACGGAUAGCCGUGUUAGCUGCCAAAAAGAACGAACAGUUUGCAUUUAAUCGGACCCGAUCAUAUCUGGAACAUCCGUAUCCACACAAUUUUUGAUACGCGUGUCAACUCUCUUCGAAGUUUGUAGAAACUCAAACAAUUCAUUGUUCGCAUAAUGUUUUAUAUCAUUGGACUCGGUUUGGGGGAUCCAGAAGAUAUUACGGUAAAGGGUCUAAAUAUUAUCAAACAGUGUGAGCGCGUUUACUUGGAAUCGUACACCUCAAUUCUAUGCUGUGGUCAGGAGAAAUUGGAAGAAUUCUAUGGCCGUAAGCUAAUACUAGCUGACCGGGAAAUGGUCGAGCAGCGGGCGGACGAGAUUCUGGAAGGUGCUGAUAGUGGUGCAAUUGCCUUCCUAGUGGUUGGUGAUCCGUUCGGAGCAACCACACACACCGAUCUACUGUUGAGGGCGAAGGAAAAAGGGAUCGAAACGUCCGUCGUACACAAUGCAUCCAUAAUGAACGCGGUUGGCUGCUGUGGCCUGCAGCUGUACCACUUCGGUGAGACAGUAUCCAUUCCGUACUGGGAUGAUAACUGGAAACCGGAUAGCUUCUACGAGAAAAUUGCCGCCAACUUGAAACAGGGAUUGCACACCCUUUGCCUGUUGGAUAUCAAGGUGAAGGAACCGACGCUAGAGUCGCUGAUGAAGAAGAAGCGUGAGUACAUGCCACCGAGGUUCAUGUCGGUUAGCGAAGCGGCCGGACAGCUGCUGGAAAUUGUGAAAAACAAAGCAUCUGAGGUCGCGGAAGAUACCGCCGCCACGCUAACAGAACAGUCCCUCGUUGUCGGACUUGCACGGGUGGGUCAUGAAACGCAGAAAAUUGUGGCCUGUACGUUACGCGAAAUGAAAGACGUGGAUCUGGGUGCACCGUUACACUCGCUUAUCAUAGCAAAUGGUCGGUUGCAUCCGCUUGAGACUGAGUUUUUGCAACAGUUUGGUGAACUUGGGAAAUCUUAAUUCAUGGAAUGUGAAUGGCAGAAACCUAUGGAUAUGCAAUAAGAAAAUAAAGCUUUAAUAUCAUAAAAUGAAGCUAAAAAGCGAUU